UUUCCAAUGCCACAACUGUGCGUUUCUCUCCUUGUCCAGAAGUAAAAUUGUUAAAAGGGGGAAAACGUGCUUAAAACGUGCAUGGAUUAGUUGAAUGGACGGACAGUUUCUGCUUAAUAAAGCCGCAGUGAGUACAUUGGGUAUGAGGUCACUGACUGAGAGGCUCUGACCAGUGGGGUGGAUUAGGUCUAUUAGUCCUGCCGUGGUUGUGAAGGCAGGAUGAUCUCCGUGAAUCACUGAGAAACCGGACUGAUCAGGAGUUCUGGGGCUUUCAUCAGGCCCGGGGUGCUUUGAUGCUUUGAUGACUGGGUCGUCAGAUGGACGGACUUCUCUUGAUGUCAGAGGCCUUGCAAUGGAGGUGGAUGUUAAUCUCCUAAAGUGUUGCUUGUGGACAAAGAAGUGUUUCUUCUCACAGACAUGGAAUCUGGCUUCUUUCUAGCGCGGAGACGCGUUCCCACAGCCAAGUACACAGUGGUAGGAGAGACGCUGAGGCAUGUUAUCCCCAGUCAUAUGCAGUGCUCCAUUGGCUGUGGAGGCAAGGCCUGCAAGUAUGAGGAUGCCUCCCGCUGGAGAGAGGACCAGCAGGCCAUCAAAGGACUCUACUCAUCCUGGGUAACUGAUAAAUUGCUGGCUAUGGCACGACCUUCAACUGAAGUAAUUGAGAAGUUCAAUAUGAUUGAGCAGUUUCGCAGGAGUGGCAUUAGGACAGUCAUAAAUCUUCAGCAGCCUGGAGAGCAUGCCAGCUGUGGAAACCCCUUGGAGCCAGAUAGUGGCUUCACCUACCGCCCAGAGGACUUCAUGGAAGCAGGCAUAUACUUUUACAACUAUGGAUGGACUGACUAUGGCGUGACAUCCCUUACUGCACUCCUGGAUAUUGUGAAAGUGAUGUGUUUUGCUGUCCAGGAAGGCAAGGUGGCUGUCCACUGUCAUGCUGGGUUAGGGAGGACAGGGGUGCUGCUGGCCUGCUUUCUGGUUUUCUCCACCAGGAUGACCGCUGAUGAGGCCAUUCUUUUUGUGCGUGACAGGAGGCCAAAUUCAAUCCAGACCAGGGGGCAGUUGCAGUGUGUGCGGCAUUUUGUUCAGUUCCUGGUGCCACUGCGAAAUGUGUUCUCCUGUGCGGAACCCAAGGUCCGAGCGGUCACCCUGGACGAGUACUUGGUGCGACAGAAGAACAUGCUACACGGCUAUGAGGCGCGGCAACUGCGGAAUAUGCCAAAACUCGUCUAUCUGGUGUGCAAGAUCCUGCCGGACAUCGCCGACAACCGGGAGAUCAUCGCCGAGGAGAUCCUGGACGUGGCAGACCUGACGGAAGAGGAGGAGGAGGAGGUGCAGAAUGCCAUCUACGCCUUCCGGCAGAUGACCCGGCGCUGGGAGAUGACCAAGGGCCUGAGCGGCCUGCCCCCACGUCUGCCGGGGCUACCCUCGUCCGGCGACCCCAGUCACCCCCUGCACUACUCCCGCAAGAGCCUUAGCUUCAGCGACACGGACAUCCAGCGGCUGGCCGCCAAGUUGGAUGUGGUAGAUAACCCUCUUGAGGUUCUGGCCAACCUGCACAAACACUCUUCGUCCCAGGAGAACCUGUCGGAGCCUCUCCUCGUCACGCUCCCGGGGAACCAGAGCCCCGUGUUCCAGAGCCCAACAGGGUGCCAGGGUUCCGUGUGGGACAUCAAGACGCAGAUGGACAAGCAGGGAAGCUCGCAGCUCUUGAACAAGCACAGCAACAACACCCAGUUCCAGCGCAGCAAGUCGGAGACCGAAAAGAGGAACGGCACGGUGGUCAGCCCAUUAGCCAUGGUAUCAGCCUGGAGGGCAGAGCGCAAUGGCAACGAGGUGCCAGGUCCGGGGGAGGUCAGCACCGAGUCGGAAUGGUCCGAGCGCUCCGAGGUGCCCUUCAUCACCCUGCAGACGGAGCUGACCCUGGAGUCACGCCACCUGCUGCUGGCACAAGCCCUGGCGUUGGAUCUCGAGGUGAAUGGGCAAGACGACCACAAGGAGCGAGUGGCAGCCUGGCAGAAAGAGCUGAACUGUGGGGCAGGUGUGUGGGAACAGCUGUGUCUGGAGAAGGACCCCUUCAUCCUGGCCGGCCUCAUGUGGUCCUGGAUAGAACAGCUGAAGGAGCCUGUGCUCUCUGCAAAGGACGUCCUGAUACUAGGACAAGGCCACUGUGAUCCAAACACCAUCCUCAACAGACUGAAUAAGGCCCCAAAGGAGACUCUCACGUGUAUCCUGCAAUGUUUUGCCUAUGCACUGGAGGUCACUGAGGAGGUGGAAAAGGCCUUUUUGGAGCGAAUCACUAAGGCUUUCACAAAGAUUGACAAGGCCUCAAAAGAGGGCAAGCAGGUGUAUGAGACGAUGGAGUCAAUUCUGAAACCUGUUCUGGAGGAGAUGAGAAGAUCAGUGAGGCUGCAGCUUGAACUGCAGUAAAGAAAAACUGCCAUUUCUUGUGUGUAUGGACAAUAGCCUGGGAUACCUUAGGUCAAUACAGACUAACUCAAUCAACAAAUCAGCAGUCAGUGUAUUGAUACUUAACUCUAGUUCUAUCUCUUCCUGGAGAAAAACCGCAUCUUCGAAUGUCUACUUGUGUUCAGGUUUUGGAAAGAAGAUUUUGUGCCAUUUUGUUUUGUGAAUGCAAAUAAUUUUCUAUUGAUUGCAGUUAUUUACUUUUUGUACACAUUUUUUGUUUAUUUGUUCUGCAAGUCCUAUUAUUGUCUCAGGGAAAUUGAGAGGCUUUAGAAUAAUGCGAAAUUUAUAUGUAAGAUGAAUGAUAAAAUAAAACAUGAACAAUUAAAGUUG